UGCGGAUAUGCGCAUUGGAAUUGAGCCGAUAGAGAGCGGAGCGGCUAGCGAACGGGAAGUAAACAAGAUUGUUUCAGUUCGCGUUUGGCGCUGACAUUUGAUAGUCGUUGCGUUGUGUCAAAAAACCUGUUAAAUCCCUUGCGUGUGCGUAAUUAAAUCAUGGGCAUUAAACGUGAAAAAAAUGAAUCGCAAUUCCCUUCACAAAUUCGUCAACGUGAAGCUUGGAUGGACGAUGUUUUUCAAGAAGUGCUUUUGAGGCGCAACUCUGCUGCAAAGAAAAAAGAAACUGAAUAUUGCGGUGGAAUUUGGGAUUGCACUGAUUUUCUCGAAGAACUGGAAACGGACAUUUUACAACAACGUCGGGACAUGAUUGUACAUCAGGUCUUUCCAGUGGAAUGUCCACAAAUCUUCCAUAAAGAAGAAUAUGGAAUGCAGCCAGUAAACAAAGAGUUUGACGGAUCCCGAAAAGAAAACCUAAGAGCAGUAACUGGUCUUAGGAAUUUUUAUGAAGAAAGUAAAUCCAAUCCCAGCACUGCAGUGGAUGGAAAUUUAUUUUCCGGGGAAUCAUCAGGUUUCGAAUCAAGCUAUUCCAUACAAGGAAGAAAUAAUGAAUAUUGUAAGAAAAAAGAGGAAAAAAAUAUAUUUUCGAAAAGAAAAAAUAAUGAAGAUAUUUCUGAUACGCACAGAGAAACAAGACAGAGUGAAGAAAGCAUAAAAAGUAAAAUGACCAUAGAAAGUGUGAAAAAAGAUUAUCCGUUUGAUUCUGUGAAGGUUAUGAUAGAAGUAUCUUCUAACACCGGUGAAACAGUGAGUGAAAUUGUAGAGGAAAAAAAAUGGGUGGAGAUUAAGAAACGAUUUCCAAGAUUACCACUUUUAAUUCCUGAAGUAAAUGACAAAUUUCGAAAAGUCAAACACAGUUUGGACGCAAUCAAAAUUUUAUUGAGAUGUGUUUUAUCUCGAUCAUAUGUAAUCUUGAAUUGGAAUGUGGCUUUGGAAGCUUAUUCUGCUGCUAAAUUCUACGCAGUCAACGAUUUAGUAUCAGCAUGCGAGGCCUUUUUUAUUCGCUAUCCUGUUCCUCCAGAGGAUGCUCAUUAUAUCUAUCGUAUGGCUCAAAUCUUUGGGGUUAAGGAUAUACUCCUGAAGUCAAAGAAGUAUUUCAGAAAACAUAUUAAUUUCUCUGAACAAAAUGAUCGAAUCCCAGAUAAAAUAUGCCUGAUUACAAUUUCGAUGUAUCCUUCCCAAUUCUGUUUACCUCUGAGCAGUUACAGCCUCAAAACCAUCGAUGGAGCAUUUUCGAGUGAUUUAAGAAAUGAUAUUGAGUUUGAAGCUAUUAAUGGAAUAUUUCAUAUUUUGGGUGUAGAAAUUCAGCUUCAGGUUCUCGAGAACGAGAAGGGUAGUAGCAUUCCGAUAUAUUAUGAAAUAUCCAAUUAUUUUGAAGGUAUGCAUAAUGAGGAAACGGUUUAUAAAGAUUCAGAAUCACUUAUGGCUGUAAAUUUCUCUUCUAAGUUAUUGGUCAGGCCUGGGCAGAAAGCAAAAAUCAGUAUCUUAAUGGAUGAUUUGAAGCUUUGUAAUUGCUAUGCUAUCGAGAAAAAUGAUGUGCUGCAUGAAACUCGUUGGGAAAAAUUCCAUGUGAGGUGCUUCAGUAACAGAAAAAUUCCACGUUCCAAUCAGAAGAGAUUUGUUAUUGGAAAAUUGUUUUAUACUUGUAAAGGAUAAAUAUCACUGUAGCAUCUUGGUUUUUUGUAGCUAUAUUUUAUCUGACGUAACUGAAAAUCAUUCCGGCUCUAAUGUGCUCAUAUGUAGAAAGUUGAUCGUUUGAGAUAUUUUCAGACUAUUAUUCGUAGUAUAGCUUUAUGUGACAUUUUGCAAUUCAGUUCACUUAUGAGAAGAAUAGUUUAUACUUUGCGUCGUGUAUAAUGACACUAUGUAGAUAUACACCCUCAUCUAAAGAAAAAUGAGUGAAAUUUUUCUUUAAACUUUGGAACUGCUAUUUUGUAUUGACCAAAGGAUUAAGUAAAAUGUAGUGAUACUACUUUAUAACGAAGAACUUUGCAAUGAAAUAUUAUUUCAAAUUUUUGCUAUGUAAGUAAGAAGUGUGUAAGACCUCAAAGUAUUAAAUAUAAUAACCUUGUGUUGAGUAA